AUGGGUUUGGGUGCGCUCACUGUGGUUUUCCACUCCAGCAACAGCCUUCCCUUUGACUUACCACUUCAGCGCCUCCAUCUCCACUGCCAUCCUCCAGAUGAUGGCAUCUUAGUUUCUCAUCUUGUGCUCCAAGCGUCGAGCAUGCGACUCUCUUCGCCGCCGGUGUCCGUCUGGACUCUGAGAGUACGAACAAGUUAUCUGGAGGGAAAAAACCACAUUGAUUUGUUAAUUGAAGAUAUUGGAAAAUGGGGAGCCAAUGCGGUAACGAUACAUGGGCGAUCACGUCAGCAACGCUAUAGCAAGCUUGCUGAUUGGGAAUACAUUUACCAGUGUGCAAGAAAGGCUCCCGAUGCUUUGCAAGUCCUGGGGAAUGGUGAUGUCUUUACAUAUUUAGACUGGAACAGACACAAGUCUGAUUGCCCUGACCUUUCUACAUGCAUGAUUGCUCGUGGAGCAUUAAUUAAGCCUUGGAUACUUACUGAAAUCAAGGAGCAGAGGCACUGGGACAUAAGUUCUGGGGAACGUUUAUAUAUUUUGAAGGAGUACGUUCGCUUUGGACUAGAUCAUUGGGGUUCUGAUGCUAAAGGAAUAUGAUGAAGCUUUUUUUAUUUGUUCUUGUUCUUUUACCUUUUUCCCCCCUCUAAUUCUUUUUAUCUUGUUUAAUUGGAUUAUAGUGUACUAAUGGUUCCAAAUGUAUCAUCUAUUGCAUAUAGUUUAGGCUCAUCUUUGGAUAUAGUUGGAAGACAAGUGGUAUUUUUAAUAUUAUAAGUCAUGUUAGUGUGCUUUCUAUUCCUUUUUAA